UCUUUCAACAGCAGCAACAGUAAUUCAGACACCUCGGUAGCUUGCUAGCCAUAAUAGCCGAAACAAUAUAGCUCUUUAGUCGUUUUUAUAUAUAUUAGCCACUGUGUUUUGAACCCACUUCUGUCGUCUAGUUAGUUAUCAGAUUUAAUUUCAUAUUUACGGUUGUUGUUAUUAGUCAGCUAGCGGGCUGGUUAAGUUAGCUUUAGCCCAGCUAGCUAACAUCUCCGACCAUGAGCUCACUAAGCUACUCUCCUCCUGCUACAGAAGAGGAGGUCUGCUGGACGGAGAACGAGGGACUGUGGCUGAACGUUGUCGUGAAAGAGGAAGAAGAGGAUGUCACAAUACAAAAACAAGUAGAGGGUGAGGCUGUUACAGUGAAAGAAGAAGAGAAAGACGUUUCAGUGAAAGAAGAGGAAGACGCGUUCAGAGUGAAAGAGGAGGAUGAUGUUACUGUGAAAGAAGAGGGGGAAGAGAAAGAGGAGGAUGCAGUUUUUGGAGUGAAAGAGGAGGAUGGGGAGAUGACUGUAACAUUGGAAGAAGAGGAGGAGGAAACUGAAUAUCUGGGCUCGGUUUCCCAAAGGCAUGUUAAAGCGUCCAAUGGUUCUAACGAUGAACGGGCCCUGAUUAACACUAGAGAGAGACGAGACUAUCGUGGAUCCUCUGGGGAGCCUCAACAACAUCAUGAUGCUGACAGGGCAGAGAAGAGUCUCUCCACAUCAGAACUCAUCAAGAAACACCAGCAGAGACCCACAGGGAAGAAAUCUCAUUGCUGCUCUGACUGUGGGAAAAUGUUUAACUCUUUAGUAAAACUUAAAAUACAUCGAAGAGUUCACACGGGAGAGAAAUCAUAUAGCUGUGAUCAAUGUGGGAAAUGUUUUUCUACAUCUCGCUAUCUAACUAUACAUCAGAGAACACACACAGGAGAGAAACCAUACAUCUGUAAUCAAUGUGGGAAGAGUUUUAUUCGGCAACAAACCCUGAAAUCACACCAGAGAAUACACACUGGAGAGAAACCUUAUAGCUGUAAUCAAUGUGGGAAGAGUUUUUCUACAUCUAGCUAUGUAACUAUACACCAGAGAACACACACAGGAGAUAAACCAUAUAGCUGUAAUCAAUGCGGGAAGAAUUUUACUUGGCCAGACAGCCUGAUAGCACACCAGAGAACACACACAGGAGAGAAUUCUUAUAGCUGUAGUCAAUGUGGGAAGAGUUUUACUCGGCCAGACAGCCUGAUAGUACACCAGAGAACACACACAGGAGAGAAAUCUUGUAGCUGUAGUCAAUGUGGGAAGAGUUUUACUCGGCCAUACAACCUGAUAGUACAUCAGAGAACACACACAGGAGAGAAACCUUAUUGCUGUGAUCAAUGUGGGAAGAGUUUUACUACAUCUAGCCAGCUGACUUUGCACCAGAGAACACACACAGGAGAGAAACUUUAUAGUUGUGAUCAAUGUGGGAAGAGUUUUACUAGAUCUAGCUAUCUAACUGUACACCAGAGAACACACACAGGAGAGAAUCCUUGCUGUGAUCAAUGUGGGAAGAGAUACUCUGAUAAAAGAUCUCUGAUUAAACAUCAGAAAAUACAUGAAGGAGUUGUUUCAUGACAUCAAUGAAAUAAUGUCACAAUGUAGAAUGUUUUAACAUUGUAGUAGGAGUAUUUUAAUGAUGUCACAAUGUAGAACCCUAAAUGUUUGUCCCCUGUUCUAUUGAUUUUAGCCUGAUAUGGAAAUUAGCCUCCAGGGAAAAAUCCAGGCUCUGAAUUGAAAGAGUACUAUUUAUAUGAUUUUACAAAAAGUGACUAACACAAAAAGAGUUGUCCUCUAACCAGGGAUGUACACAUUGUAGUAGGAGUAUUCUAAUGAUGUCACAAUGUAGAAUGUUUUAAUAUUGUAGGAGUAUUUUAAUGAUGUCAUAAUAGAGAACCCUAAACGUUUGUCCCCUGUUCUAUAAAAGGGGAAAGAUCCAGGCUCUGAAUUGAAUUUAACAAAAUGUGACUAACAAAAAAAGAGUUGUUCCACUUACCACGUUGGUCACCCUCUUGAAUCAAAAUGCAACACUUCAAAAUGUAGUGAGCUGUUUACCACAUUGGUGACCCUCUUGAAUCAAAAUGCAACACUUCAAAAUGUAGUGAGCUGUUUACCACAUUGGUGACCCUCUUGAAUCAAAAUGCAACACUUCAAAAUGUAGCUAGCUGUUUACUACAAAUUGUCCUCUAACCAGUGGUGUACACAUUAUUCCCAGAUUUUGUGUGGUUUUUGAGCUGUUAGUUUUAACAGGACAUGCAACCUCAUCUCCCUCCUCUCGCACAAUUGAUUUCAACAUGAUAUCGAUGAGUGGUGACAAAUAAGUGUUGCGUUCCUUUGUUUAGCGACCCCUACAUUUACAUGCAUCACUCCAAAAUGUAGUUGACUGUCUUCUGCGGGUUGUCAUCUAACCAGUGAGGUUAAAGAUAUCUCCCAUUUCCAUGUGUUUUGUUUAGUUGUGUUAGUUUCAACAGCACGUACAACCUGAUUUCCCCCCUAAUCGAUAUCAGUGAUUUAUUGCUACUUGUCAAGACAACAGCAUUUCUGGUGCUUGUGCAGUUUAUAAGGUGCUUGUUUAAAAAAAUACAAGUAAUAUGAUUAUUGUGGCAGAUGUUUGUGUAUAUAGUACAUUUUAUGUUUACGUUUUCAAUUUAUCCCAAACUGUUUCUGCAUAUUGGUAAUUGAUUUGGAUACAUUAAAACUGUGUUUUGACAUUGAGCUAUCCCACCUAGAAAAAAAAGCCUUUUGAAAAUAAGACUAUGCAACCAAAUAUUUCAUAUUUACUUCUCAUGUGACAUUUAGUAAUCAUUAUUUAUGUAACCAACUGACCCUUUUUGGUGCAAUUAUAUUCACAUUGUUGCCCUGCUUUUAGAAUUUUAGAAUAUCAGGGUUCAUUAUCAGAUGUGCCAACCCAAAUGUACUAGAGCAUGACAUUGGGGACUGGGUCCCGAUCCAACAACAUUCCUCGAGUGAGACCUGAAAAGAGAGAGAAGCUCCACAGUGAGGUGGAAAGUUACUACGGAUAUUGCAGGAGUUUCCUCUUGAAAUCAGACACGUCCGUGGUAAGGACAACUUGGUUGCUGAUUGUUUCAAGAAUGGGCAGUCAAAAAGAUUUGUGUUUUGCGUUUAGCCAGUGAGUUGCCAUGGAUCACAAUUUACACUGCUCAAAAAAAUAAAGGGAACACUAAAAUAACACAUCCUAGAUCUGAAUGAAUGAAAUAUUCUUAUUAAAUACUUUUUUCUUUACAUAGUUGAAUGUGCUGACAACAAAAUCACACAAAUUAUCAAUGGAAAUCAAAUUUAUCAACCCAUGGAGGUCUGGAUUUGGAGUCACACUCAAAAUUAAAGUGGAAAACCACACUACAGGCUCAUCCAACUUUGAUGUAAUGUCCUUAAAACAAGUCAAAAUGAGGCUCAGUAGUGUGUGUGGCCUCCACGUGCCUGUAUGACCUCCCUACAAGGCCUGGGCAUGCUCCUGAUGAGGUGGCGGAUGGUCUCCUGAGGGAUCUCCUCCCAGACCUGGACUAAAGCAUCCGCCAACUCCUGGACAGUCUGUGGUGCAACGUGGCGUUGGUGGAUGGAGUGAGACAUGAUGUCCCAGAUGUGCUCAAUUGGAUUCAGGUCUGGGGAACGGGCGGGCCAGUCCAUAGCAUCAAUGCCUUCCUCUUGCAGGAACUGCUGACACACUCCAGCCACAUGAGGUCUAGCAUUGUCUUGCAUUAGGAGGAACCCAGGGCCAACAGCGCCAGAAUAUGGUCUCACAAGGGGUCUGAGGAUCUCAUCUCGGUACCUAAUGGCAGUCAGGCUACCUCUGGCGAGCACAUGGAGGGCUGUGCUGCCCCCCAAAGAAAUGCCACCCCCCACCAUGACUGACCCACCGCCAAACCGGUCAUGCUGGAAGAUGUUGCAGGCAGCAGAACGUUCUCCACGGCGUCUCCAGACUGUCACGUCUGUCACAUGUGCUCAGUGUGAACCUGCUUUCAUCUGUGAAGAGCAUAGGGCGCCAGUGGCGAAUUUGCCAAUCUUUGUGUUCUCUGGCAAAUGCCAAACGUCCUGCACGGUGUUGGGCUGUAAGCACAACCCCCACCUGUGGACGUCGGGCCCUCAUACCACCCUCAUGGAGUCUGUUUCUGAUCGUUUGAGCAGACACAUGCACAUUUGUGGCCUGCUGGAGGUCAUUUUGCAGGGCUCUGGCAGUGCUCCUCCUGCUCCUCCUUGCACAAAGGCGGAGGUAGCGGUCCUGCUGCUGGGUUGUUGCCCUCCUACGGCCUCCUCCACGUCUCCUGAUGUACUGGCCUGUCUCCUGGUAGCCCCUCCAUGCUCUGGACACUACUCUGACAGACACAGCAAAACUUCUUGCCACAGCUCGCAUUGAUGUGCUAUCCUGGAUGAGCUGCACUAUCUGAGCCACUUGUGUGGGUUGUAGACUCCGUCUCAUGCUACCAUUAGAGUGUGAAAGCACCGCCAGCAUUCAAAAGUGACCAAAACAUCAGCCAGGAAGCAUAGGAACUGAGAAGUGGUUUGUGGUCACCACCUCCACCACCACUCCUUUAUUGGGGGUGUCUUGCUAAUUGCCUAUAAUUUACACCUGUUGUCUAUUCCAUUUGCACAACAGCAUGUGAAAUUUAUUGUCAAUCAGUGUUGCUUCCUAAGUGGACAGUUUGAUUUCACAGAAGUGUGAUUGACUUGGAGUUACAUUGUGUUGUUUAAGUGUUCCCUUAAUUUUUUUGAGCAGUGUAUUUUGACUGCACGGUUUUCCCUAUUGGAGAUGAGUUUUGUUUGGGCUCGUUCCAAGGGGACGUAAGUUCUAGAAGCUAGUGGGUUUUAGGAAGAUGAGAGUCCUAGAAGCUAGUGAGUUUUAGGAAGACGAGAGUUCUAGAAGCUAGUGAGUUUUAGGAAGACGAGAGUUCUAGAAGGGAAAAAAUAAUAGUUUAGGAAUCUAUAGAAAGAAAAAGGAGAAAAGAUACAAUAUUAUAUUGUAUAUUAUUAUUUAGAAGUAAGUGUUUUUAAUUGUUGACAGCCAGUAGACACCAUGUUUAUAUUGGUGAAGCAUUUUAGUUGAUUAUAAUGUGAAAUGGAAAUUGUUUUCUGUUGGUGGUGUGCAAACUUGUCCAACAAAAAUAUAGGAUAUAUUUGUUGUCUGAAGGGGGAAGGUGUUACAGGCUUUGGUUUUUCCAUUUAUGUUUUGAGGUUGGACUGGCCCAUAUAGCUUGUUAGCACUUAUAGCUCGUUAGCAAUAAGGACGCACUGAUUGGUGUCACCUCGUUAGUCAGUAUGUGUUACACCUGUGCUGGCUUGUCCAUCUCGUUAGUGGGAAGGGGUUUCACCUGAGCUGGUCCAGGUUCUAUUUAAGAGUGUCUGGCUCAGUGCUCCAGUUGUCUUGAUAGAUGUGGAGAGUCAACACCUUUAGUUGCUCUACCGUCUUGGUUUGCUUCCUGUCUUUAAGUUUGGUGUGGGUUUUUCUUUUGUUUGCCUCUUCUUGGGCAGAUUUAAUGGGUCUCAUGGUGGGUGUCUUUUAUGUCCCAGUUGUUACUAGUCAACUUCCAGUGGAUACCCCCAUAGUGUCUUUCAGAGCACCUCCUAGAACCUGUUUAGUUGUGGUUGUUAUCAGGGAUUCUUUGUUAAUUCCACCUUCUGUUUGAGGAACAUUUUUGAUUUUCUUGCUGGAGAACGUAACAUCAAACAAUGGAGUAAGACAGGAUAUUUUGGGUUGGAUAUUGCAGUGAAUUGUUAAUAUUUUAAUCGAUGCAUUUACUUAGAAUGCUCAUUUAGUUUCAGUUAUUCUGUUUUUUUUUAUCCUCAAUAUUUCUGUUUAUUUUCAUUGUUUUUUCCUGUGAAGCCAUUGUGUUGCAUCCAUGUCUGAAAUGUGCUGUAUAAAUAAAGUUUGAUUUGAACAUA